UGUGGCACCAGGAGGGCAGACUCUGGCAGAGAUGGCAGGCAUGAUGACAGGUCUUCUCCUUUUGCUGUUGGCCGGUGUGACAGUGGGCAGAGUGGUGGAUCUGCAGAAGAGAAUAUACGGAGGUAAAGAAUGUGCUGCUACUGAACGUCUGCACCAUGUGAGGCUGAGAAAAAGUGAUGGGAAAAAGAACGGCCUGUGUGGUGGAACUCUGAUCAGUAAGGAUUGGAUUCUGACUGCAGGUCACUGUGUGCCGGAAGUGGGGACGAAAAGCGUGAAAGCAUUUCUAGGUGUGAAUCGAGAUGGCGAAGAAAACCCAGUUGAUAUCAAUAUCGAUCAUAUUCGAAGAUAUAAAGAAGGCGACGGUACGCCCCAUGACAUCGCGCUGCUGAAGUUACCUGCGUCGUCGGGAUUGAAACCUGCAUCACUUCCUGACUGUAGCAAACCUCCUCCCCAAAUAGGUCAAACAGUUCAGAUUGCAGGUCAUAUAACCACAUCGAUAGACAAGAACGAUAAGAAAGUAAGCCACAAGACAGCACGUCUCCUAUGUGCAGAGAUCAACGUGGUCCAGUGUAAGCCCCAGACAUGUCAAUAUGGAUAUUAUACUCCAUAUCUCUUCUGUUACCAAGGAACUGGAGUGGAUGCAGGGAAAGGGGACUCUGGUGGAGGAGUGGUGUUCAACGACAGGAUUUACGGAGUGCAUGUUAGCAGUGUUAUAACGGCUUGUGUUGAAGCACGAGCUACGGAUGUCUGUAAAUACAUAAGUUGGAUCACUACGGAAACCAAGAUUCCCAUACCAUCAAAAUGAUCAACCUGUACAUUUGAUUGUUUUUCUUGUUUUAAAGGGUGAGAGGUCGUGUAAUUUAACAGACCUUCACACGUAUUAAAACAUUCUGAUUGACUCUAAAUUGGCUGAUGAUACAUUUACAAUUGGUUGGUUUACAUUAAAUAUUCAACUCUUAUUAGAAAAGCUCUUUAAGAUCAUUUUAGAAGGUAGUGUCUGAGUUAUAAAUGUUAGUUUAAACAUUCUUGUCUGCAAACGUUUGUUACGGUACAAAAUAAAGAUGUAUGUUUUUCCUCUUUUCAAAUUUAAUUUAGGAACCCAAUUGCAAAAUUAUAACCUUUUAUAAAUACAACAGAAUUUGCACACUAUUAUACAGAGUUUGUAUUUUUAAAACGACAAAUGGCCAAAUAUAUAAUAUAAUAAUAUAGUCUGUUAUUCUUGUGAGCAUGCUGAUCUCAUUCUCUGGUAGCUCAAUCUGAAGUAAUGCAUGUAAUUCUUGUUUCCCACAAAAUCAACUUCUUGUAUAAUGUUGUCAUUUAAAAUAAAAGAAAGAGUCAAAAUCAA